UAGUACAACUUUAGUAGUGGUCUUAAAAUGUCUGGUUUUCAACGUUGGGUAGGUAAAGUUGCUGUUGUAACUGGUGCCAGUGGAGGAAUUGGUGCUGCUAUAACUGAAAGACUUGUUCAAGAAGGUCUCCAAGUUGUUGGUCUUGCCAGGAGGGUAGACCAAGUUCAGGAUCUGGCAAAGAAGCUGUCCGGUGCCAAAGGCAACCUUCAUGCAGUCAAGUGCGACGUUUCAUUAGAGGCAGAUGUGGUUAAAGCCAUUGAAUGGACUAAAGAAAAUGUUGGGCCCAUCCACAUCUUGAUCAACAAUGCUGGUGUCCGUCCCAAGAACACCUUGAUUGAUGGUGAUACGGAGAAGUGGAGGCAAACGUUUGACGUCAACGUCAUUGCUAUGUUGGUAGCUACAAGGGAGGCCAUCAAAGUUAUGAAGGAGAACAACAUUGAUGGUCACGUGAUUAAUAUUAACAGUGUGUCAGGCCAUUUUGACUAUUACCAUUCUGAUGUCAGUGUUUAUGCUGCCAGUAAACACUGUGUCACCAAUUUGACCGAAACCUACAGGAAGGAAAUCAACGCCAAUCAAUUGAAAAUCAAAGUAACGAGUGUUAGCCCUGGAUUGACCGACACAGACAUGCCUUCAGCUGUGAUCAAAGGUGACGACAGACCCAUGAUGAAGGGUGAGGACGUUGCUGAAGCUGUUUACUACGCUUUGUCCACCAAACCUCACGUCCAGAUUCAUGAAAUCAUGCUCCGUGCUGUUGGAGAUCCAGUUUAACAACAAACAAAUAAAUAAAUCGUUUGCUCUUUAGCCGUGUUUGAUUGGUCUGCGAUUGGUGAAUCAUAGGGUCAUAAAAAUGGCUUCUAAAUUCGCAUGGGAAACGGCGUGGGCCGCCAGUCUAAUCCUAAUAAACGGCCAAGACUGUGCACACACACGUUUAACAUGAAACUUGGAAAACUAAAUAAUGAAUAUAAUAGCUGUUUUUAUGUUUCGACAAAUUGACAUGAAUCAGUGACACGAAAAGUUCUCACGCUCGGCUUCCACCGCGGCCCACCAUCGCAACUCUUUAAUUGCCACAAUUGAGACGGAUUCCGAAAUUUUAUGCGAUUUUAGAUUGGAUAAAAACAAUGUGAUUCACUGGUCGAAUCCGCAUUUGCUUCGUCUUCGGAAGGUCAAACGUUGCUUCUUCUGUUUUAAUGACUUCCUCUGGUUGGUUACCAAUAUAUCAUGGGGGUAGGUUGGCAUCAAAUCAAAUAAUACUCAGGCAGAUAUUAAACUGUUAUUACGAUAGUAAAAAUAAUAAGUCGUGUGCCAGAUUUCGUACGUUGACAGUAAAUAGAAGGCACAACAAAAGUACAUAUUAAUUUAUGGAGGGACUAAUUAGCCCAUGCCAGCCUUGCCAUGGGGGCAUGGAUUUAAAAAAUCAUUAGGUUUAAUUGUUAAUUUCGAGUGUUUUAAAACGCCAUAAAAGUGAUUAUCUUACAUGAUGUGGGCAAAUAAACUCCAUCUGUUUCCCUGGCUUUAUUUACUUUUAUUAAUUCACACAAGUGGUUAAUUUUUUUCACAGUCGUAAAAAAAUGGUUUGUAAGGGUGUGAUACAAUAAAAUAGUUUUUUAAUGUUUUCAAUAAAUCAUCAGAUUAUAAUGGAACGUAAAUUAACAAUUAUCAUCUAAUCUAGAACCUGAUAAUAUAUUUAAUAUUUCACUAGUAUUUAGGUAUUAUUUAUAUGAGUUAGUGUUAAACAAAGCUAAAAUUUAUCAGUAUUUGUCACGCACAACAUCACAGGCAAAGUGCUCCAUCAAUGGCUUCCACCGAUAAGAUCCUCAAGGACUCCAACACAGAGGCUUCUCCAAGAGUAUCAACUGAAUCCAUCGACC